AUGAAAACAGAGGGUAGGGACCGACAAAAUAAUUUCUUAUCCCGCAUGUGCGUAGCGAAUAUUGACAGAAAAAAAACCUGCAAUCUCUAUUGAUUAUUUGUUAUCUUUUUGGUUUAGUUGCAGACUAUUGCAUAAGUGUCAGAACACUGCAGCAUGUGUAAACAGGCAUUUGAAUUACACGUGUGCGUGCACCUCAUCAGGAUGGACUUUACCCUACUGUGAAAAAGGUAGGAUCUAAGUAACCAAAUCUUAGUAGGGUUUUUAGUACAUGUCAAUUGUGUUUAUUCUCUUUCCUAUGACCUUUUAGAUAUCAAUGAAUGCAAAGUAGGCAUCCACGAUUGCCAUAGCAACGCUGAAUGCCAAAACACUAAUGGCUCCUACAUCUGUAGCUGUAAACCAGGAUUUCAAGGAGACGGGAAACAGAGUUGCAAUGGUGAGAAAAACCUUCAUGGCUAGGAACACAUAAAUCCAAAAAUUUGGUUUCUUUCUUGAAAAGGAAAUCCCCAGAAGAGAAAAUUCCUAUUUUUCGAAAUUGAUAGCUGCGAAGAUUCAGUGCAUUUGCGCCUGGAAAUUAUGUUAAGAGUUGCUCUGUUUCCUUAGAUACUGACGAAUGUAGUGAAGGCCUUCAUGACUGCCAUAGCAACGCCAAAUGCAAAAAUACAGAAGGCUCGCAUACUUGUACCUGUAAACCAGGAUUUUCCGGGGAUGGAAAAAUUAUUUGCAACGGUGAGAACAUAAAUAGUGAUAUAAGUUUCAGAUGAUUUUUUGUUUAAAUGUGGAUGGAAAUAAAAGCUUUCGAAGCUGUCUGUGUUUUGGACACUCGAUAAAGUGAAAGUAGUAUAACUGCAGAAAUGACCAGCGGUGCCAUGAGCUAGUCUUUCAUCGCCUCAAAGCGAAAAUUAAACUGUUAGUAACGUAAGCUAUCGAUACCAAGCUAAAGCUUUUCGCUUGUAGGGAAAAAUGCGUCAUUCUUGUCAACAUUCAAGAUCAAUUCUCGUAAAAAACUUGACCGCUACACGUAUUAUGAGUUUCUUUUUCUUUGUAAAAGUAUUGACCACGAUUUUCAAUUUAUUCAUAGGCCAUAAAUAGUGAUGUGUGAAAUAAUUACUCUUAAUAUUCCUAGACAAUCAAACUUUUCCACUUUUUAUUUUGUUUGGGGUGCAUUUCUAUGAAGCCAGAUUUAUAGAAAUUAUUUCGUCAGGAAAUAACGAUUUUCUUCGCAUUCCGCGUCCUUUUUGUAAUGUGGUGUCACAAGAACAUCAAGGUUAUAGAUUGAGCUGUGGGUCAAUCAAAGUUUUUUUUUUGAAGGAGUCUUAGAAAGCAGGGUCAUUUAUGUUUUAAAUGAUAAGAGUGAUUGGAAGGCUUUGGCAGCUGCACAGUGUAAAACACAUAUCUCUGAACUGGGAUUGCCUCGCAGUUUUUUUCAUCCUCACCGUCAUUCCACAUUAGAGACUAAAAAUUCACAUAUCUCUGAACUGGGAUUGCCUCAAUGUUGUACUUCAAGGAUUUUUUGGAGAAACCAUUUUUUCUUUCUCUGGGCUUUCUCAUUUUUUUUUUUUUUUGUUUUUUCAUCCUCACCGUCAUUCCACAUUAGAGACUUCAUGAAUAAUUCAGACUUGUUAUUAUUUUUCUCUUUUAGAUAUUAAUGAGUGUACAGAAGGCUCUGAUGACUGUCAUAGCAAAGCCGAAUGCAAAAAUACGAUUGGCAAUCACCAGUGUACUUGCAAACAAGGAUUUUAUGGAGAUGGAAGGACAAGCUGCACAGGUCAAAAAGAAUUUGGAAAGUCAAAGAUCCAUGUCCAAAGCAUUGACUUGUUCUUUCUCUUUUUUGUUUUUCAUCAUUCAAUGAAUGAAUAAUUCAGACUUGAUAUUAUUUUUCUCUUUCAGCAACUUCUUUGUCAGCACAAUCCCAGUUAAAUUCCAAGGAUUUUAUGGUGUCUGAUUUGACGUCAGACCAUAAAGCAAUUUGAUUUGAAUGAGGACUCAGUGUUGAUAUGUCAGGAUUCAAUGCAUUUGCACCCGGGAGUUAUGUUAAGAGUUACUCUGGUUCCUUAGAUAUUGACGAAUGUAAAGAAGGCCUCCAUGAUUGUCAUAGCGUUACUAUGACAAUCAUGGAGGAAGGAAAACUGCAAAGGCCAGAAAGAAUUUGGAGAAGUAAAAGAUCCAUGUCCAAAGCACUGACCUGUUUUCUCUGAGCUCUUCUCUCCCAAUGAAAGUAUGUACUUUCUUUGUGAGUGCAUUCGUUGAAUUCCCAGUGUCUGAUAUGUCAGACUCAAAAUUUGAACCAUAAAUCUAAGUAUCGUUCUUAACUUGAAGAAUAUUAUAUUUAAGCGAAGAAAUGGUCCUCUUUAUUGGGUGAGCAACAACUAAACAGUUUACCAUUGAUACGAAAUUGUUUUUUCACCGUUGACGCCGUUCCAUCCCUAUCUCUAAUCGCGUGAGUUUCCGACUUAUUAUUUCAUAAAUAUCUCUGAUAUUUAGAUAUCAACGAAUGUACGGAAGGAUCUCACGGUUGCCAUCGUGACGCCACUUGUCAGAAUACUGCAGGCUCGUAUAGGUGUACCUGCAACUCACAAUACAUCGGGGACGGACUGAAUUGCGAGCCUAAAGGUGGGUAGGACUAUUAUAAAUGUGCCAAGAGUCUAGUAUCAAUAGCUCACGAUCAGCUUUAAUGCUGAACAAAGACACAGUUUUCCACUGACUCUGCGAGCUGCAGGCAUAAGGUUCCUUCAUAGUAUAUCUUUGAGGGUCGCUGUUAGGGAAUGUUCAGUUGCCUUUAUUACGACUUUCUUUUGUUCCUAAGGCUUUAAUUCUGGACAAUAGCCUCUGGAAUUUAGUGCAAGCCAGCUAAUGAAAGUGGCAAGCAAGUUUCAGAAUUUUCUUUCAUUUUGAGUUGAUUGGCUUUUUUUUCUACCUAGAAUGUAGCAACUACAAGACUUUAACUUCUGCUCGAAGAUUGAAAGGUUCUACGUCAAACAAACCAUAUGUAUGCGACAAUUCACUGACUUGGGGCUGGUAUCGUAUUACUGGAGCCGCAGGUAGAAAAAUGCCCACUUCAUGUGUGCCUUUUCAAAGAUGUGGCGGCCAGAGACCAGGCUGGCUCAGUGGUGGUCAUCCCAACAAAGCUGAUGGCAGAGUGUCCAGGAAGGUCUGGUUUCGCUCGAGUGACAAUUGUUACAGAGUAUCGACGACUAUCACAGUUAGAAACUGCGGUUCGUUCUAUGUUUACUACUUAAAGGGUUUUUCACAUGGCUCAAACUGCCAUCGUUACUGUAGCUCUUACUAA